AUGGCCUCCCCUUCCUCUUCCCACCGACAAGAACCGGCGCCGGCGCCGGAGGAGGCGACGAGGGACUGGGAGGAGCUGCCGCGGGACGCGCUGCUCACCGUGCUCCACAGGCUGGGCCACAUGGACAUCCUCAUGGGGGCCGCGCAGGUGUGCGGGCCCUGGGCGCGGGCGGCGCGGGAGGAGCCCGAUCUGUGGCGCCGCGUCGACCUGCGCCUCCACGGCCGCCGCCUCAUGUCCCCCCGCCGCGUCAACAGCAUGGCGCGGGAGGCCGUCAGGCGCGGCGCGGGGCAGUGCCAGGCCUUUUGGGCCGAGGGCGCGCUGUACCACAGCGUCAUCUCCCUCCUCGGCGAUACAUCGUAA